CUUGACAGCCUGGGUCGCGAUUCUCUCAACGCCACCUGUAGCUGCGACUGUCAGUCAGUCUUGCCGUGUGCCAUUGGGACAUACUUCGGUGGAAAUGUCUACCCAUGUGAGUUGGACGGAUAGCAGUUCAUCGGAAGAGGACAGCCGACCCGAGCGGGAGAGGACGAUGGAUGACCGCAAAACUCAAGUGACUAAACACCAUCAUCCCUUCAGUGUGGAGGCUAUAAUGUCGGGUAGAAACACUCAUAGUGAGUUUACAAGCAAAUCCGACAAUGUCUCUGUGGUUACAUUUUCAAAGACUCAGAACUCUCCGUUCCUGUGCAGAGAGACAUAUAGCCCUCCCGAGGGAAUCCGAAAGCACUUUGUCCCACCAUCGCCCGUAAAGUCGGAGUCCUCCGAGCCGGAUGACUGUGCUCCCUGGGUUACGAGCCCAAGAUUCUCAGCGCAAACUCGGCAGGUGAGUCCUAGCUGUCCACUGAGAAAGCACAAGACCAAUAGAAAGCCUCGUACUCCUUUCACCACCUCCCAGCUGCUGGCUCUGGAGCGUAAGUUUCGUCAGAAGCAGUACCUGUCCAUCGCAGAGCGGGCCGAGUUCUCCAGCUCUCUGACCCUGACUGAGACCCAGGUCAAGAUCUGGUUCCAGAACCGCCGGGCCAAGGCCAAGAGACUACAGGAGGCCGAGCUGGAGAAGCUCAAAAUGGCUGCCAAACCCGUGCUGCACCCGGGCUUUACGUUACCCAUGCCCCUGGGUGCCCAGCUCCACACAGCUGUCUCCCUGUACGGACAGUCUUACCCCUACCACCGACCAAUGCUGCCCCUCUCACCUAUGGGACUGUAUGCUACACCGCUGGGCUACAGCAUGUAUCACCUAUCACGAUGAUAGAGAGGAAUAUAAGCUUGUUCUGUUGAUAUUAGUGUUGGACACUUGGACAUCACUCUUUUUAAUACUAUAUUUUUCUCCUUGCUACAAAAACAACACUGAAAUGGAGAUGAUUUUCUUUCAUAAACACACAUGGAAAAUACAGUGCCUCACUCACCAAAGAGCCUUAAAGACCUCAAUGAAUUGUUUUCUGGUUUCUUGUUUUUCUUCUGUGGAUGGAUGAUAUUGAUUUGGCUAUCCAGGCUACAUCAACUAGUGGUUCUGUUUUACUUUAUGUAAUAUAUUCCAAUGCAAAUGUUCCCUUUAUCUAAUUGUCUCUAUGGUAUUGAUCAAAUGUAGUUGUAUUACUGUCAUUAAACUUGUCAGUAUCUAGCAUAGAAGAUUCAGCUAAGGUCUGAUUAUCAUGAUUCUGUUCGCGCCGGGGUGGAUCCAAACUUCAGGUCUGCCUUGUUUUACCACUCCUUGAAAACAGAAAGAUAGGUUGGAUUUCAGACCGCUUUCAUUCCAUACCGAAGGGUUGUCUUUGUUUUUUCAUAAACUCAACCUCAACUAAUUCAAAAUUGUUGCUAUUUUUACUAAUUCAAAAUUGUUGAUGUUUUUACAUUAGAUUUGACUAGCAACACAUUCUAUUUAGCACUUCUGUUUCAUAAGACAUAUUUUAGUCUUCAUUUAAUUUGUGUAUACUUAUUUAUUAUACUUUCACUCUACAAUGUUUAUGCUGGAAAUGAAUUUAUUGUGUGAUUUAUGUUUCAUAUUUAUAACAUGCAGCUCAAAUGUGGCAAAAGUUUCUGACAAAUGUUAUUUAUAGCUUUUAUUCUUUCAUCUGAAGGUUCCAUUGGAAGGAGCUACAGUAUGCAGUUUUUAUACAUGUUUUUAAUAUCAGUAAUGUAUCUCAUUUGCAUGGACCAAAAUUAAAAAGGCUUUUAAAACAUGUUUGCUUAUUGAGAUAUUAUGUAAGUAAGAAUAUGUUGUAUCUACACUAUCUACAUCUUUGAAAUUGAACAUUACCUACAUUUUUUAAUAUGGUUGCAUGGUGUGGUAUGGUUGCAUGGUUGCUAAUGUUAAUGUCAAUAUUUGACCAACCCUCAAAUGUAAGCACUAAAAAGUCAGGUAUCCAGAUAAUUCCAGAUAUUAUUACACUUUUGUAAACCAUAUCAGUGAAUGUCAUUUUAAAACAAUGUUUGAUGAAGUUUUGAUGAUAUUUGCAGUGUUCUGCUUCCAGUAAGUAAUAUUAUUUAAUUAAUUUCAUGUGAUGACAUAUUGUCUUAAUGUCAGUUGGAAUGGAGAACUACAGUCCCAAACCAUAGCAUCUAUACUAUACCAUCUCUCUCCUCUCACCUCAGCCCUUAAUGUUCUGAAAGCAUUAAAGCACUAACUUCAGCAAGAAUCUGUGGAACGAUAAGUAAAGCUGUACCUGUGUCAUCAAACACUGCAGUGCGUCAUACCUUUGGGUUAUUUCAAUGACAAAAGUUGUUGGUCUACUGCAAUUUAAACUCGCCAGGUUUUAGAUGGCAGUAGUAGACCUAUUACUUCACGAGCAGCACUCUCAGGACUAAUUGACCUUAAUGUUAUUGGGUUUUAGUCUACUGUAUCCGGCUUCUACUGCACUUCUACUUGUGUGAAACACCAUUGGUUUGGAGAGCCAGAUUGGUCAUGUUUUAUGGUCCUCCUUCCUGCCUUGUUAUAUAUCAUUCAUCAGGGGACUAACCCCAUAAAGGUAGCUGCCUUUGUGGCAAUUGUAAGAGCUGCUUACAAUUUUCGUGUGACUUUGAUGUAAUGAGGAAAUCAUUUAUAGGCAGCACUCUAUUUAUGAGCUUCCCUUUAAUCAAAACAAGGCAGCCAGGCAAACCCUCAGCGCAGUCAAGCAAUCAGUUUAAUGAAUAGCAGAUUGGCAGAGAUGUUCAAGGAUCUUUUUGGAAAUGUCAGGUUGGCGCUAUAUUACUUGAGGGAGUAGUUAUUUAGCUAUUGAAACAAUGUGCUAUAUUUGUACUAA